GGGCCUGAAAGUGUCCCAGUGCUCCUGGAGCUCUGGCAGCCUUGGGGCCAUGCCCAUUCCCUGGGGAGCCUGUUCCAAGGUGAGUGUGUUUAAGAUGGGAUGUGUUUGAAACUGCAGAAUGUGAAGUGGGGCAAUUUCUCCCAACUUGUGUCUGUUCAGGAAAUGGGAUACAGGUGACAGGGCUUGGGACAGAUGGAGGAAACAUUUUGCUUAGCUACAGAUCCCAAAAUUAGAUCUACAAACAGCUUUAUAUAAUUUUUAUUCAAACUCUUAAGGGUUUGAGGUUUUUCUCAUGGGAUAAGCAGUUCCUUUUCUGUUGGCAAAAACUGAGGGCAUGUGGCACUCAUGUGGGGUAGGCUCCCUUGUCAGAUUGAACUUUAAAACCUCUUUCAAACUAAACAUUGCCUCUUUUUUCCUACUCUUUGCUUAACCUUCGGUAGCUGGUCAUCAGCCUUUGGCCUUAGCAUCCUACUCCCCUCCCACCAUCCCCUGCUGCUGUCUCAGCUCUGUUUGAGCACAGAAAUCCAGUGAGGAAACUGCUUUGGGCUCAAGCAAGGCUGUUCUCUCAAAAAUUUGCAUUUACCUCCUAAAAGCAGAAGGCUUGGAGGUACAAGAGGCAGGUAAGGAAAACAGAUUGCACACAUCUUUCAUUGUUAAUUAAUUCCUUGAAACAGCUUCUUUUCCCUUAGUAGGAGCCAUUGAAUUUUAGCUGCUGCCAGAGUGGCUUUUUGCUCUAUUAGAGAGAGUUCUCCCACCCUAGGUGUCAUGAAGGCUGGCAUUCUAAAUUGUCAGGCUUGGCUUAUCCCCAGCCUGCAGCAGGUGUGGUGUGGAGAGCAGUUAAUGAAGUCAGGAAGCCCUGAGUAAUUGCUGGCUGCAAAAGAGCACUGCUGGUUUGCUUUGGAGUCAGGUGUUGGGGUGUGAGGCAGUGGGGAAGGUUUCUCAAGAGCCUAAAUGAAUCUCAAAAUGGUUUGAGCUAUUGUACAUUAGCUGGACUGUGUAGCACAGUGCUUGGCUGCUGUGGGACAUUCCCACCACUACCAGUAGCCCCAGCAGGUUCAGUAGGGUGGGUGCUGGGGGUCUGUAAGGCCAGUUAUUCAUCCUGUCCUGCAGCCAUGGAAGAGUGGGAUGGAAAUGGUGUGUGCUGGUGAGAGCCCAGCCAUGUUGCACAGCAGCCAAGAGAUCAGGGAGUUUCUCCAUGCUUUCCCAGAGCCUUCUGAUUUGAGCUGAAUCAGCAACUUGUUUCUUGGCUUUCUGCACUUUUUGUUGCUUCACCCUUGUAAGAACCUUUUCUAAUUUCUGCAUUCCCCCUGCCAGUAAUCCUUUUCAGGCAGUGCUGUUGUGGGACUACUUUUGGCAUCCUUCCAGAUUGACACAUGGAGUACAUGUCAGUGCUGCAGAGGAAAAGGGAACAUUGAAGAGCUGUGGGGGGAGGACGAGUGGGUUUUGGCCAAAUUUUAUGACAAAGAACUGGUCAAAGAAACAGCAGGGGCUCUUGCCUGUAAGAGACAAGAUUGGAUGUGUCAGAGGCUGGGUCAACCUUAAUGGAUGGUAAAGUAGAUUGAAGGUGUUAGCAUGAAGUCCUGUAUCUUCCCUGAACUGAUGGAGUCAGGGCUUCACUGCAGAGUAAAAACAGGGAGUCUUUCUCAUUUAAUGAGGACAGGGUGAGGAUGGAGGUGCCCUCCCCACUUAUGUGCUUUGGCCUUUAAGUAUGAAAUUAGAUGAGCAGCACUUGGUGUGAUGGCAAACCCCAUGAGCUGCUUCUGGCUUGGCUGAGGCAGGUGUUUGUCCUGUACAGACAGGGUCAGGACAUGGCUUUCCCUGGAGGGUGAGUGGAGUGACAGGCCAGGGACCAUGGUGAGGUUGUCCUUUCCAUGGUGGGACUGCCACAAGUGUGUCAGUGCUGCUGGAGCUGCAGGACCAAGUGUGGGUGAGGGAGGGCUGCUGCAGGCAGUGGAGGGCUCUGCUCCUGGCCCCAGGAUUGCACGCUCUGGAGCGUGUCUGGCUUUUGCCGGCUGACUUUUCCUGUGGGAUUGAAAGGUUCGGAAGCACAGCACUUCCUGGAGUAUUUUCAAUUGUCUUAAUAUUUUUCUUUCUCUUGGCCUGGGUGGUGUUUUUUGUUUUUAAUUGGUUAACUUCCCUCCCUUUUUAGGUUUUUUUUUCCCCUUUGUGGUGUUGCAUCUGUCCUAAACCUUUCGCAAGAUGAUCUCUGUGUCAUUACCAGCGAGAGCUGUGGCCAUGACACAGAUGUAGGAGAUCUCUGGGGCCUGAGAUCUCCCCUUGUUUUGCUGUGCUAUCAGCCUUGGGCUCCAGACAGUCUUGAUGCCAGAUGAGGUAGUUUCUGCUUUUGCAGAGGAACAGAUGAAGUCAUUGGCCUAGAGCCCAGGGAGGGUGUUGUGGAAGAACCCAGAGGUCUCCUUCAUCCCAGAUCAGCCUUUGAGCCUGCUCCCAUUUUCCUCCAGCAGGUGCUGGCCCACCAGCAGUGGAAGAUCACAGACAUGGAGGUCACCAGUGCUAAAUGCAGGUGACUUCUAAUUUAGUUUCUCAGAAGGCAAUGCUUGGUAGCCAUGGCAGUGAGUAUGUGGAGGCAGGCAGAGACUUACCUAACUUAGACACACGUUUGGAAAAGUGCCCUGUAGCAGGCAAGACCUGGGCAGGCUGCCAGCCCCUCCCAGUAGUUGUUUCCCAAACUGUGGCUGUGGUGCUUGAGCUUCCUCCCAUGGGGUACAUACACAAAGCAGUCAUGCAAAGGGCAACUUAGAACCACAGCAUGCAGGCCCUGGGAUGCCUCAUGAGGCCUUGCUGCCAGAGCUGGUGGGAGAUGGGAUUUAGGAGGAAGUUGUUCCCUGUGAGGGUGUGAGGCCCUGGCACAGGGUGCCCAGAGAAGCUGUGGCUGCCCCAUCCCUGGAUGUGUCUGAGGUCGGGCAGGGCUUGGAACAACCUGGUCUAGCAAAGGUGUCCUUUCCUAUGGCAGGGGUGCAACCAGAUGAUAUUUAAGGUUCCUUUUAACUGAAACCAUUCUGAAGUUCAGUGUUCUUUAGCAAAGGGGAAAAUAUAAAUUAUCUCUCUCUGGCUGGAAGAUUUUCUGAGAACUGCUUUUGCUGGAACACAGUAAUUCCCGUUAGCCUGCACUCUUUAGGUACCAAGUACAACCAGUUUGCAUUGAGGUGCUAUGAACUUUGGACAGGAGUUGGUAUGAUGUACCAGCUGCACCAUACAUGCUUAUAAAGUACAUUUUUUGGGAAUUAGAGAUGCUCAGUCCACGGAGGGACCAAGUUCCUUGGAGGCCUUUUCCUUAUCACCUUUUUUCUCUGCCAUAUUAUCUCCUACAUCAAUAACUGUUAAGUUCUGUAGAGCUGAGGUGAGCCUGGCAGGGUCCUUACACUGUAGUCACCUCACUGGCCAAUGGGGAGGACUCACAAGUUCAAAUGAUCCAUUUUGGUACAAACUUGUCAGGGCUGAGCCUGCUGCUUAAAAAAGAGGGGCCCCAGGUCACUAGAAAAACACUGAUUUCAGUAUAUUGCUUCUAAAAGCAUUGUGUGCUCACAGGCAAGCCUGUCCUCCUGCUGUCUGUCUGUCCUUGCUUGUCCUGCAGGUGCAAGGCAAAAGGAUGACUGAGGGGGCUGUGGGGCUGCUGUCACUGUGGUGCUGGCUGCAAGGGGCCCAGGGCCGUGGAACAGCACAGGUUUCACAGACAGGCCGUGUGUCUGAGCCCUCUCUCUGGUUCCAGGACAAUGCAUCUCCUCGUGCUGUGCCUGCUCAGUGUCUGGGGGCUGGCUGCCCCUGAGCACUACGCUGUGGAGGACAUCUGCACCGCCAAACCCCGUGACAUCCCCGUCAACCCCAUCUGCAUCUACCGCAACCCCGACAAGAAACCCCAGGAGGGAGAGGGGCAGGAACCAGCCAAGGACAAGCUCCCAGAGUCCACCAACCCCCGGGUGUGGGAGCUGUCCAAGGCCAACUCUCGGUUUGCUGUCGUCUUCUACAAGUACCUGGCUGACUCCAAGGACAGUGGGGAAAAUAUCUUCAUGUCUCCCCUCAGCAUUUCCACGGCCUUUGCCAUGACCAAGCUCGGAGCCUGUGGCAGCACCCUCCAGCAGCUCAUGGAGGUCUUUCGAUUUGACACCAUCUCAGAGAAGACAUCAGAUCAGAUCCAUUUCUUCUUUGCCAAGCUGAACUGCCGCCUGUACAAGAAAGCAAACAAAUCCUCAGAGCUGGUGUCAGCCAACCGUCUCUUUGGGGAGAAAUCUUUGGUCUUUAAUGAGACUUACCAGAACAUCAGUGAAAUUGUUUAUGGAGCAAAACUCUGGCCCUUGAACUUCAAAGAGAAGCCAGAACUUUCCAGGCAGAUCAUAAAUGAGUGGGUGGCUAACAAGACAGAGAAGCGCAUUACAGAAGUGAUCCCGGAAAGUGGUAUUGAUGAUCUCACUGUCUUGGUCCUGGUCAACACCAUUUAUUUUAAGGGGCACUGGAAAUCACAGUUCCCACCUCCAAACACAAAACUGGAUGUAUUUCAUAAAGCCAAUGGUGAGACCUGCCAAGUCCCAACUAUGUACCAGGAGUCCAAAUUCCACUAUGCAUUCAUUGACCAGGACAAGGUCCAGGUGCUGGAGCUGCCUUACAAAGGGGAUGACAUCACGAUGCUGCUAGUCCUGCCCAGUGCUGGGACGCCACUGGAGGAGGUGGAGCGAAAGCUGACCUCAGAGAGGCUGCAGGGCUGGAUUGAUUCCAUGAAGGAGAUGUCUCUCUUUGUCUACCUGCCUCGCUUCCGCAUCGAGGACAGCUUCAGCCUCAAGGAGAAGCUGAGGAAAAUGGGACUGGAAGAUCUCUUCAGUCCAGAAAAUGCCAGACUCCCAGGUAUCAUUGCAGAGGGCCGCACAGACCUGUACGUGUCUGAGGCUUUCCACAAAGCCUUCCUUGAGGUGAAUGAAGAAGGCAGUGAGGCCUCAGCUGCUACAGCUGUCACCAUCUCUGGCCGUUCCUUCCCUCUGAACAGAAAAAUCUUCAAUGCCAACAGGCCCUUCCUGCUUUUCAUCCGGGAAGCUGCCCUCAACACCAUCAUCUUCAUGGGCAGGAUAGCUGAUCCCUGCUCCUAAAGGGGCUGGUAGGGCCUCACUUCUCCCUCCUCUGCCUCAGGAAAGGGAGGUGGGGUAUUGCCACUAAGUGUGGGCUGCUCCUGGGGUGCUUGGUCUUGCUGUUUGGUGCCAGCUGCAGGGAGGGACUGCGUCCAGCUGGGCUGUCCCUGCUCCUCCCUGCCAUGUCAGUGAGGGGGCUCAUAGGUCACCUCACUGUCCUCUCCUUUGUGGCAAGGAAAGCUGAAUUUCCUCUGGUACUGGUAUUUUUGUGGCACCCAAGUCCAGCAUUGCUGUCCUUCCUGUGCCCAACCCUCUGUAACUCUGAUCACUUGGUUCAUUAAAACCUAUAGAUCUAUA